AUGUAUGUUGUGUUUUGUAUCGUCGACGAGGACUCCAGUCUGAUGAGCGAUAACCACGAAGACCUACUGCGCUCAACCGAAUAUGACAUUGAGAUCGAGAACACCAAUGCGCAAGAGCUCCGACGCCGACGAUCAGCCCUACGGCACUACGCCACCUGGCCUACGAACAAGUACCCCAUAUAA